AUGAAAGAAGCCUUUGCAUCUCUUUCUGGCGACAAAGUCAAGGUCUCCAUCAAGGAUUCUCCAAUUCCUCACCCCAAUGACUCCCAGCUGGUCAUCCGCGUGGUGGCUACAGGCUUGAAUCCAAAAGAUUGGAAAUUCUUGAGCGAUAAGCCGACAAAUCAGGGAGACGAUGUUGCCGGCUACGUGCACGCCGUGGGCAGUAAGGUGACUGAGUUCAAGCCCGGAGACAGGGUGGCUGCAUUUCAUCAGAUAUUGGCUCCCCAUGGAGGGUAUGCGGAGUACGCAGUGGUAUGGGCGCACACGGCAUUCCAUCUACCAAAGGAGGUUUCGUUCGAAGAAGCCGCAACAAUCCCCCUAGCCGCCAUGACCGCUGCCCUUGGUCUUUAUCAGGACCUCGGCCUCCCGGUCCCCUGGAAUCCAGCUCGCACCCGCACCCCUCUGAUCGUUUACGGCGGCGCCUCCACUGUCGGCUCCUUCGUCAUCAAACUCGCCAAGCUUUCCAACAUCCAUCCCAUCAUAACCGUCGCAGGCAAGGGUAUCCCGCAAGUCGAGGCUCUCCUGGACAAAUCCAAAGGCGACAUUGUAAUCGACUACCGCACCGGCGAUAAGGCUGUCGUGACUGCAUUCACUAAGGCCCUGGGCGGUAAAAAGAUCGAAUACGCGUUUGACGCGACGAGCGAGCAUAAUAGCUACGUGAACAUUGGGCAUGUGCUGGAUCCAGAGAAGGGGAAGAUUGUGGUGGUGCAGCCAGGGAUGGAGUACAAUAUGCCCGUUGAUGUGAAGCCGAGUCCUGUGUAUGUAGCUACUGUGCAUGAGGAUGGGAAUGUGUUUCAGCCUAUGGAGAAAGUAGGCCCUAUUGGGGAUAAGGAGUUUGGGCUAGUGUUUUUUAGGUUCUUUGGGCAUGGAUUGGCGCAGGGUUGGUUUAGAGGUCAUCAAUAUCGGUUGGUGGAGAAGGGGUUGGAGGGCCUUGAGAAUGCGUUAAAUAAUUUGAAGGAGAGUAAAGUAAGUGGUUUCAAGUACGUGAUCAGGAUCGCUGACACGCCUGAUUUGGGAGAAUAG